CCUCUCGCCGCUAUAUAAUAUAAUUUGAAGCCAUCGGCUUCAUUUACGGAACCCUAACUGAACUCUCUCAUUUUCCUUCUACUGAUUCCGAUUGGCUUCUACUAAGGAUGAAAAUCGUAGCUGCUUAUUUGCUCGCUGUUUUGGGAGGCAAUGCCAGCCCUUCUGCUAAGGAUUUGAAGGACAUUCUCGGAUCUGUUGGAGCGGAAGUUGAUGAGGACAAAAUCGAGCUUCUGAUGUCUAGUGUUAAGGGUAAGGAUAUUACAGAGCUCAUUGCAUCCGGAAGAGAAAAGCUAGCAUCUGUUCCUUCUGGUGGAGGUGCCGCUGUGGCAGUUGCCGCAUCUGGAGGUGGCGGCGGUGCGGCUGCCCCUGCUGCUGCAGAGUCAAAGAAAGAAGAGAAGGUUGAAGAGAAGGAGGAAUCAGACGAUGAUAUGGGCUUCAGUCUUUUCGAUUAAGUAUAAUUACGAAGUCGAAUGUUGUUCAGAGAUUCUUCAAGAUUUUAAGAUUGGAAUUUUUGUUUUUCACAAUGUAGUCUUUUUCCAACAUUAUCCCCGUGUUAUGAUGAGCCGAAUGUCAAAUUUCUUUUCAGUUUAUAAAUUUAGUCUUAAUUUUUUGGAUGCUU